AUGGCAGUUGCACAGGCCAUGAUGCCUGCUCAGCCGGAUCCACGGCAGCGUGGCAAGGUCAAGUUGGAUGCGCUUCGCAGUUCGUCACUGAAUGUGUCGCAUAAGAUCCGGAUCCAUCACCUACUCGCUUUACUUGUGACCAAGACUAUGGUCGCUUCCGCAGCGUGGCUCACACGUCAGUGGCUUCUUGUGCCUCAAGUUGAUACAGAUUUUUUACAGCUGCAGCAAGAUGGCAUUCUUUCUUCAGACGCUGGCCAUAUGGUGGCUCAAGACAAUCUCGUUCACGAGCCUGCUAGUCUAUGGGCCGUAGCUACAGUCUCUAUGUCGAUGGCAGCAUUUUUCUUACUGACCACUUUGCGUGUAUGGCGUUGGGAUAUUGAGCUAACGAGUCACGCCGUGCGUCAUCUACUAGUUCUGGGCGCAGUUGUAUUUCUGCAACUGAUAUUCUGGCUCAUGUCGCUCAAGUAUCUCGGUGCUACAUUUACAUUAAUCUUCACACAAUUUUGUGAGCUGUGGAUGCGCGACAUCCAGUUUGGCCGUCGUUGGAGCAAGUCUGGCGGAAUGCUAGUCAUCCUGUCGAUGUGCAUGUCCUUUGCGGUUGCAACACUCACGCAUUCUUCCGUAUCUUUACGGCGUCCGUACGCCGACACGCUCGACAACAUCAUGAUACGUACACUCACAUUCAAAGCCAGCCUUCAAGACCGAGUCUCCGUGUGGGAUCUGUGCAAAGGGUUCGCUGCAUUACUCGUCCAUGCCGUUUUGUCAAUGGAACUCGGACAUCUUGUAUCCACCACCGCAAGACACGUUGGUGGCCGUCGUCGAGCGAUGGUUCUAGCCACAUCAUUUGCCGCAGCCAUUCUGCUUCCUCUAUCGACGCUAGGCGCUAUCUGUGGGUUCAAGUUACUGCCUGCGCCUCUCGUACCUGGUCGAGAGCCCACAGCCCAAGAUGCAUUGGAAAUCAAUCACCUGGCUGCGUAUCUUGUGCUGGGCAUUGGAUUGCUCAUGUUGGAUGUUCUAGUGACUUUGACCCUUGAGUCAUAUGUGACGCUGAUCAUGCAUGUAGCACAUGCCUGGCCAAUGGUUGUGUUUGCAGCGAUGGCAAUUGGGUUUGCCGUCUUCAACGUGAAUGUGAGCUUUAUUCAAGUCGUCUGCGCCGCUUGUGUGGGCUUUGCAUUGCGAGCGAUCCUGCGCCGCUCGCCUUUGUACAUGACUUCCUGGUACCGCCGUGCGACUAUCGAAGAGCAGCGGGUCGCAAUGGCGGGUUCAGAUUCAGACACGACUCUUCUGACUGAUUUGGUUGUUCUAACGUAUCGAUUUAUGAUUCAGCUUCGCCACAUGAUCAACGUCAUUUUAAAGAACCGUGAUUCUCGACGUAUUUUUCUAUUCCUCUGCUUGAACCUUUCGUUUAUGGUGGUCCAGUUAGUCUGGGGCGUCUGGACUAAUAGUCUCGGCCUUAUCAGCGAUGCAAUCCACAUGUUUUUCGACUGCGCGGCGAUAUUUAUGGGCCUUGUGGCAAGUGUGAUGGCGUCGUGGAAGACGGAUGACAAGUUUCCCUUUGGUUACAAGCGCGUCGAGAUUCUGUCAGGCUUUGCCAAUGGCAUUUUCCUCGUGCUUAUUAGCGUGUUUAUUCUCUUUGAGGCCGUGCAACGCAUUAUUGAGCCGCCUAUCAUGACCAACAUGACGCAGCUCUUGAUUGUUAGUACGUUGGGUCUCGUGGUCAAUUUAUUUGGCAUGUUUGCCAUGGGACAUCAUCACCACCAUGGGCACUCCCAUGGAUGUCAUGAUCAUCAUCAUCACGGUCAUGAUAACGGCCAUUCACACAAUAUGCUAGGACUGUACCUGCAUGUCAUGGCUGAUACCCUGGGCUCUGUCGGAGUGAUUAUUAGUACGAUUUUAAUCCACUACUUCCACUGGACAGGCUUUGAUCCUAUCGCGUCCCUUUUGAUUGGUUUAAUGAUCUUGGGAUCCGUCGUCCCUCUAGUCAUUGACGCUGGACGUAUUCUGUGCUUAGAACUGGGGAAAGACGAUGCCAACGCUCUCCAGUGUGCGCUCGAGAAAGUCAAAGCCUUACCCGGCGUCGUUUCCAUUUCGGACCCGCACUUUUGGCCUUUGGACGGCGAAUCGAUUGUUGGCACCAUUCAUGUCUUCUAUGAUACCCCUCUAACUUCGCUGACAAACGACAAACCUGUUUCCAUUGACCCAUCCACACUCGCUGUGGAAGUCGAAACUGUCUUGCGCUCUUGGGUCCAGAGCCUAGACACUCUCCAUGUGCAAAUGCAUCCUACUGACCCAACUGUACUAGCACCCGAGAAGCACUUCGAAACAUAG